UUUUGGUCAGGCGUUGGAAGGAGGAAAGUAACGGUUUUAGCCUCUUUUUGUUCGUUUGUUCGGUUUUAACGGGACUCUGUGCCGGUUCUAGUUCUUCUACAGGACGAUGAAGACUCUGCUGCUGCUGCUCUUCAUCAACGCGUUAACCAGGGCAAUCCUAAUAGGGUCCCACGGGCCAGGGUCAGCCGUCCAAGGAACCUGUUUCAGUGUCAGAAGGCUCCUUGGGUUCACUCCACCCCUGCAAAGCUGAAGGCGAGGUGGAACAAAACGGGUCAAGUAGUUCACCUCUGCCAUUCAGACGACAGUUUCCCAGCAUGCCCUGGCUGUGGUGAUGGAGGUGUAUGCAGGAGAAAAGUCCAUCCUGCUGCCCUGUCAGUACUCAGGGUUUCCACCUGAGGACGAUCCUGCAGUGAUGUGGACUCGCAGUGAUCUCGAUCCCAAAUCUGUCCACCUGCUCCAAAAAGGAGGAGAUGAUCUUAGCGGACAGAACCAGCAUUACAGCGGACGCACAUCAGUGAGGUCUGAUGCUCUUAAAACUGGAAAUUACAGCCUCACUCUGAGGAACCCACAACUGACUGACAGCGGCAGCUACACCUGCUCCAUCACUGAUGGAAGAGAAGAAAAGAUACUGAGAGACUUACAGUUGCAGGUCAAAGACCAGCAGGUGGAGGUGAAGGUGGAGGAAGGCUCAGAGUCUGUCAUCCUGCCCUGCAAAACACCACCUGACCUGCCCGAGGACACCAGGGUGGAGUGGACUCGCUCUGACCGAAAACUCACAAUCGUCCAUGUUUAUGCAAACAGAAGUAACAACCCUGAAAAUCAGCAUUGCCAUUACUGCGAUCGCACAAAUAUGACCAACAGCCUGCUGAGAACUGGAGACCUCAGUCUGACCCUGAAAUACCCCACACAGAGAGACACAGGAGGAUACAUCUGCACCAUCUACAGGGACAAAGACAUCCUGAGACAGAAAGUAGUGCUGCAACAUGUCAAAGCACCAUUUCCAUCCUGGGUCACAGCUCUCCUGGUUUUCCUGGUUCUUCUUCCAGUUGUUUCUGGAGGUCUUUUAUUUCAUUUCCGGCACUAUUUCAUGUCACUCAUUCCGGUGGAGGUGGAGGUGGAGUUGGGAGCAGAGUCUGUCCGGCUGCCCUUCAAAACCACAAAAAACCUGCCUGCUGAUGCUAAAGUGAUGUGGGAACGUUAUGAUCCGAGAAAGAUGGUCUACGUGUUCUGCAGGGAGCCUGAUGAGACAGAACAGCACGAGGAUUACAGAGACCGAACAGAGAUGAAUGAAGACCCGCUGACAACCGGAGACCUCACUCUGACCCUGACACAGCCAAGACAGGAAGACAGUGGAGAAUACAAAUGUUUAGUCUGGAGGAGGGGAGACUUCAUCAGGAAGAAAUCAGUGCUGCUCACAGUCAAAGUCAUUCAGGUGGAGGUGGAGGAGGGAGCAGAGUCUGUCCGGCUGCCCAUCAAAAUCACAAGAAACCUGCCUGCUGAUGCUAAAGUGAUGUGGGAACGUUAUGAUCCGAGAAAGAUGGUCUACGUGUUCUGCAGGGAGCCUGACGAGACAGAACAGCACGGGGAUUACAGAGACCGAACAGAGAUGAAUGAAGACCCGCUGACAACCGGUGACCUCACUCUGACCCUGACACGGCCAAGACAGGAAGACAGUGGAGAAUACAGAUGUUUAGUCUGGAGGAGGGGAGACUUCAUCAGGAAGAAAUCAGUGCUGCUCACAGUCAGAGGUUUGUCACAGGUGGAGGAGGGAGGAGAGGAAGCACAGGUGGAUCGUCUGAUGAUGAGGAGCAUUCAUUGAUGUCACUGCAAUCAUCAAGAUCACAUGAUGGUGUUAAAUUGUUAUUUUUUCUUGUAAAUAUGGAUUUGAUCUAAAACCUGAGUUUUCCUUCACCCGACCUUUGAACCUGUUCCUACCUUUAGUCCUGAUGGCUCAUCGUAGUAAUAAAGGAGCAGUCCACAUAUUCUGCCUAUCAGUACCAUCCCCUCCUGUUUCCAAGUCCAGUCGGUCUUUGCUGUAUAAAUAGUCCUGCCCUCCACUCUGUAUGGUCCUCCAUGUAAUUAUCCACAUUUCUCAUCUCUGUCUCACCAUCUGUGCAGUCAGUACUUUUUAAAUAAA